AGACAGGGAGGCAGAGUGAAAGCGCCGAGGGCGGAGUUAGCUCCAUUUUCUCCCUGCGUCCGUCCCAGCACAGAUUGAACCGAUUCACUGAACUCAGCUCCACUUCCCUGGCGCUGCACCUGUCGUGAAAGUGAAGCUCACCUGAGGGGUUGACUGGGAUUUACCCGCGGAUCACCAUGCUGCAGUAGUGGAUCCUUCCCCGAAGACCACAGAACCUCCUGCACAGAAGCUCCUCGUCAGAACUUACUCCUCACCGAUAAACCAUGAAGAGAGGAACGCUGAAUUUUCUGGGUCGAAAGAACCAGUCUCUCUUCGACACCAAGAUCAGACCGAAGGACCUGGGUGAGUCCGAUAAUGUGGAGUUGGUGUUGAACUCUCCGAACAUCCUGGAGUCAGGCACCGCCAGUGUCCGCGCCAGGCCCACAGUCAAACACCACGCUUCGUCUGACAGUUUUCAGGGGUUUGCCGUCCCGACACCAAAGGUUCCUCUGCUUCCACCACUCAAUGGUCUAAACAGCAACGGUUCAGUUAAUGGCGAUAACUUGUCCAAUGGAUCUCUUAUAUCUGUACCUGAUCCUGUGGUGGGGGACAUAUUUAUUCCACCCCCUCCCUCCAUAGUGGCACCCCCUCCUCCAGGGACUUUUAUUCUUCCUCCUCCAGACUUCCUGGGUGAAAUGAACGGUCCAGCUCUGGCCAACCUCACCCCCCUGGAAGCAUCAACGGGGGAGGAAGAGGAUUUUACUCUUCUGAGACCACCACCCAUGUCCCCCCCCAAACCUCCGUCCAUCUGCUCCACUGGCUCGUCAUCCUCCAUCCCCAGAUGUAGUCCACCUUUAGAUGUUGUUCCAGACCACCCCAAAUUUGCGCCUCCACAGCCGCCCGCUGAGAAGCUGCAGAGAUCCGUCAAGUCGCCGCCCCCAAAGCCGAUCAGAAUGUCCUCCAUCUCCAACUUUGACCCCCCACCACAGACUCCUGCCCCGCCUCCCCCUGUGCAGACACCCACUCGCUCCACCUUCAAUCCCCAAAACACAGCAAAACUUUACCACGUUCCUAAGACCAGUUUUCUCGGCAGCUUUGACAAUCGUGAUACAAAACCAAAGCAGACGUUGGUCCUGGAAGAUUCUGGAUCUGUGACCUCGACCCCGCUGAAGGUCCAGACGGAUGGGAAGGCCGUGACUGUGGUCUCACCACCGGAGCCUGUUUCAGAAGACACACGAGACCAAAAGGGGAACAAACGACAAAUAACCCCUGAGCCCCCCCACCCUGUCGUAGUCACCACUCAAACAGAGACAAAUCCAGCACCGCCUGAACGUCCACAGCUGCAGACUCCACCGCGAAGGUCACCUGAGCCCAAAAUGACCAACAGUCUGGACAUAAACUCACCGUCUAACACGGAGGAGCUUAGAGGAUCUCCAACCCCGAUUUGCAAAUUUAGUCCUUUAAUAGAUCGUAAGUUACGCAAUCUGAAAAAUAAUGACAGCGGUGCAACACGAGACGCUCCGGCCGCCUCUCCUCUGGCUCUUCUGAUGGCGGCUAAGAAAAGAGAGAAAGACAGAUCUUCUCACUCACUUUCACGAGAAAACAGCGACAAGAGAGGCGAGCAGCCAAGCUCAGGCGUCCUGAGUGCCAGUUCGUUGAUGGACGUUCCUCACUCCAGCUCCUGCUCCUCUCUCACAUCCACAGACCGAAAUAAGGACAGUUUGAAUUCUGGACAGAUGACGGUUCAGACACAAGAAACGUCAAACAGACGUUCUUUGGUCAAUGACCCGGGGCAAACAGCCAGUCCGGUUCAGAACAGUAUCAAAGCAGCUGCACCUGCAAGUGCGGCCAACCUGGUUGGUCCAAAACAAAAUCUAACAAAUCGAACCCCCCCAAAGACUCAGUUCACACAGCCUGAGGAAACGGAGGAGGCAGUUUUGCCAGUACUUCCUCCACCACCAGAGUUUGAUGAUUUAGAGGAGUUCAUGGAGCCCCCUCCCUCCAUUCUUCCACCUGAUCCUCCCCUGAAAAAGCCACCACCACCACCCCCCAACCUUCCACCUCCAGCUCCAUCUUUUCCAAACCUCACACCGACCGUAAUUCCAAAAGCCCCUCCUCCUCCCAUAGACAUCAAACCAAAGCCUAAGGUCCAGAUAAAACCUCAAAUGCCCCCCAACCAACUCCCCACCCCUCUUUCUCCAAAGCAGGCCACACUUCUGAGCAUCCUACAGAAGAAGAUGUUGGAAAUGGACCACAGGAUGGUUCCAGUCAAGGAGGCGGAAUCAGCCUCUGACGACUGGGGCAGCCCCUUGUCAGACGAGGAGGGUAAGAUUCCUGCCAUUCCUAAAACCCCACCACUGAGUAAGAAUUACCCUGUGGUCAACAAGGCAGCAACUCUGGACAUGAGAGAGUUAGAAGGGAAAAUGGCCAAGAAGAACCAGGAGAUGUUCUCUACAAAAGCUGCCACCAGUAAUGGACCUUCAAAACAGCAGUACGGUAUGACCUUCAAAAUCCGACCUGGAUCCAGUCAACCCAUUACUCCGAUCGCUCGACUGGAGACCUGAUGGAGUACGUGUACAGUAUGAAGUACGUAGUAUUUUGCAUCAGCAGAACAGCACAAUGGGAAGAAUGCACUUUAAACAAAUCACUGACAAUAAUGACCAACAAACCAGGAACAUAUUUGUUAUGUUGUGGUUAUAUUUAGGGAUGUCCGAUAAUAUCAGCCCGAUAUUAGCAUAAUUAUGUAACAUCUGUAAGAAUCAUUGUCUGGUUUUCCUCCUAUAAUUAAAACACGAUAACGCAAUGUCUGGGUUUUUGCCAAAUAUAUUGGAAUCGCUUGUAGAGUCCUGCAGUUUUUAAUAUCGGAAUCAGAAAUUAAGUGUUUGGACAAUAUCGGUAUAUCGACUAAAAGGUAAUAUCGGACAUCCCUAGUUGUUUUCUAUCAGUUGUGAGUUGUACAUAUGCCACCAGUGAAUGCCUGGUCUCAAUGGCUGAUGGGUAAUAUUCAUAGUCACAGGGAAAAAAACUGAUCUUCAUCAGUCAAUCAUCUUCAUCUUCAUCAGUCAAUCUCAGUCAUAAACAUUUAGCUGAAUGUAACCCCAAUAAUUCAAAUAAUGUGCUACAAUAUUAAUUUGACCUCUGACCUUCAUCUUUUACUGCAAUGUUAUUCACUGUUACAGGACACAUACUGUAUGUAGGUCCAAUUGAGCAAAGCUAACAGUUAAAGCUACAGUGCGCAACCUUUGGUUGUUUUCAAUACUGUUGAUGUUUUUUAUUCUUAUGCUGCUGUUUCUUAUUUAAUAGAAUCCAGGGUUUCUGCUCUGCUUAAUUACUGCUGCAACUACUGUAUGGUCUAUAUGUGACUGUUACUGUCCCCGAAAACCGCCUUAAACUUCAUGAGGUCAUGAAUGGCCAUGACCUCAUGAAGUUUAAGUGUUUAUCUCAUUAGCUAUCUGAUGAAGUUGGCUUGAUUUUGGUAAUAGCGCUGUCACCGGUGCCCCAGGAGUUUUCUCGUCAGUGUACCGUCGGUGUGUUUUUAGAUGUAACAGAAUGCUGUUGUGCUCCUGCUGGACUCACUGUGGACAUAAUCACUUCCUGUGUGCACGUGCAGCCGUUUCAGGCUGGUUUCAAUGGUACAGACUCGACACAGACUCUUUUUCACACUGCAGCUUUAGCUCAGACGAGUGUCAUGACACACUGAUCUCACCAGUGGUUGGUUCUCAGAUGUUUUCAUUU